GCCUUUUGUUCUUCCCAUCCCAGGGUUAGGGUGGCUCUUUGCAGGCUCACAGUGGACUUGGCAAAGCGGCACAGUGGAGUCGCGCUGGAGCUUCCCAAACGCCAGCACAACAGGCGCUGAAGGCGGGGUUGCAGCGACAAUCGAGAGGCUGGUGGGGUUCGGCCUUUGGAGCUUUCGACCCGAUCCUCAAUCUCUUUUCCAUGCUUCCGUCAUUCCGCUCAGCCCUCUCUUUCAAGACCUUGACCGCCCUCCCGGACCCUGCGUACAUACAUACUUGCACUUUUUCCAAAAACCCCCGCAUCAGAACGCAACUGACCUUCGUUCUGCAUCACCCCUCAACACCAAAUCUUAACUACCUCCUGCGCAUUGGUCCGCACCCGCUCGCCAGCCUUUCCUUGGAGAUUCGACCUACUACGUAACAAGGCGUGCGACCAUGCCGGUCUCCAUCGAGGAGUUGGACGCCACCGUUCGGGCCUUCUACGAGGGCCGCGGCGAUCAGCAAAAAGCUGCCCAGGCCGCUCUGAACCAGUUCAAAGAGGAUCCCGAUGCCUGGUUGAUGGUGGAUGAUAUUCUGUCGAGGGCGACGUACGAGCAAACCAAAUUUCUGGGUUUGCAAGUCCUCGACAAUGUGAUUACGACAAGGUGGAAAGUCCUCCCACGGGACCAGUGUCAAGGAAUUCGCAACUUCGUCGUGCAAUACAUCCUGCAGUGCUCCAACAGCGAGGAGGCUCUCAAGACUCACCGCACUCUUCUAAACAAGCUCAACCUCGUCCUCGUCUCGGUUCUAAAGCAAGAAUGGCCGCACAACUGGCCUACGUUCAUCAACGAGAUCAUCUCCGCUUGCCACUCGAGUCUGUCCGUAUGCGAGAACAACAUGAUCAUCCUACGCCUGCUCUCCGAGGAGGUCUUCGACUACUCCGCCGAGCAGAUGACGUCGACGAAAACGCGCAACCUGAAGACAACCAUGUGCGCCGAGUUUUCCCAAAUCUUCCAGCUCUGCCAGGAGAUCCUCAACAGCGCCGACCAGCCAAGCCUCAUCAAGGCCACCCUGGAGACCCUCUUGCGCUUCUGCAACUGGAUUCCGUUGGGAUACAUCUUCGAGACACCGCUGAUCGAGACGCUCCGGACAAGGUUUCUCGAGGUGCCAGAGUUCCGGAACAUCACGCUGCAGUGCUUGACCGAGAUUGGUGGCCUGCAAACAGGAGGCCCGGGCCAAAUGAACACGUACGACGAGCAGCUGGUCAAGAUGUUCACCGAGGUCUUGACAUCCAUUUCCAAUAUCAUCCCCCUGGACAUGGACCUCAAGACGACAUAUCCGCAAAGCAAUUCCCGCGACCAGGAGUUUAUCCAGAACUUGGCCCUAUUUCUCUCCAACUUCUACGGCAUGCAUUUGCCGCUCAUUGAGAACCUACCGAACCGAGACUUCCUUACCCACGGUCACUUCUACCUUAUCCGGAUCUCCCAGAUCGACGACCGCGAAAUCUUCAAGAUCUGCCUCGAUUACUGGCUCAAACUUGUCCAAGAGCUGUACGAGGAGAUGCAGUCGCUGCCCAUUUCCGACAUGACCUCGAUGUCUCUGGGGGGAGUGAUGGGUGGCGGCGGCGCACCAAACCCGGCUCUGCUCACUAACUACCCGCUCCGCAAGCACAAGUAUAACGAGGUCUUGUCAAACCUGCGGGUGGUCAUGAUCGAGAAGAUGGUCAGGCCGGAGGAAGUCCUGAUUGUGGAGAACGAAGAGGGCGAGAUCGUGCGCGAGUUCGUCAAGGAGACCGACACGGUUCAACUUUACAAGACGAUUCGGGAAUGCCUCGUCUACCUUACCCAUCUGAAUGUUAUCGACACCGAGCAGAUCAUGACGGAGAAGCUGGCGCGGCAGGUGGACGGGUCCGAAUGGUCGUGGCACAACUGCAACGUUCUCUGCUGGGCCAUCGGUUCGAUUUCCCUGGCCAUGAACGAGGAGACAGAGAAGCGGUUCCUCGUCACCGUCAUCAAAGACUUGCUCGGACUUACCGAGAUGAAGCGCGGCAAGGACAACAAAGCCGUGGUGGCCAGCAACAUUAUGUAUAUUGUGGGACAAUAUCCGCGUUUCCUCAAGGCACAUUGGAAGUUUUUGAAGACAGUUGUCAACAAGCUCUUCGAGUUCAUGCACGAAUCCCACGAAGGCGUCCAGGACAUGGCCUGCGAUACUUUCAUCAAGAUCGCCAAGCAGUGCAGGCGUCACUUCGUUGCGCUCCAACCUAGCGAGAACGAGCCGUUCAUCGAGGAGAUUAUCCGCAAUCUUGGUAAGAUCACUUGCGAUCUGACUCCUCAACAAGUUCACACGUUCUACGAGGCCUGUGGCUAUAUGGUGGCGGCUCAGGGGAAUAGAAAUCAACAGGAGCGGCUGCUGUCUGAGCUCAUGGCCAUCCCGAACGCGGCCUGGGAUGAGAUCAUCAAGCAGGCGACCAUGAACCCAGCCAUCCUGCAGGACGCCGAUACUAUCAAGAUCAUUGGCAACAUCAUGAAGACCAAUGUGUCGGCCUGCUCGUCUAUCGGGCCCUACUUCUUCCCCCAGAUCGGCCGCCUAUACAACGACAUGCUGCAGAUGUAUGCGGCAACCAGCCAGCUUAUCUCUGAGGCGGUUGCCCGUGAAGGCGAGGUUGCGACCAAGAUGCCCAGGGUCCGCGGUCUGCGGACCAUCAAGAAGGAGAUCCUGAAGCUUGUCGAGACCUUUGUCGACAAGGCGGAGGAUCUGCAGGCGGUUCGCACCCAGAUGGUGCCUCAACUGCUCGACUCGGUGCUGGUUGAUUACAGCCGCAACGUCGCUGGCGCUCGCGAUGCCGAGGUCUUGAAGGCUAUGACAGCUAUGAUCACCAAACUUUCGGGCCUUAUGGAGGACCAAGUACCCGUGAUCAUGGAGAACGUCUUCGAGUGCACUCUAGACAUGAUCAACAAGGACUUCUCCGAGUUCCCCGAGCAUCGCGUCGAGUUCUUCAACCUUCUCCGGGCCAUCAACCUUCACUGCUUCCCUGCCCUCCUGAAGCUUGAUAACCGGCAGUUCAAGUUCGUCAUCGAUUCUUGCCUGUGGGCGAGCAAGCACGACAACCGCGACGUCGAGACGGCCGGGCUGAACAUGUGCCUGGAGCUGAUCAACAACAUCGCCGAGAAGACUGACGUGCAGACUUCGAAUGCUUUCUUCAACCAGUUCUUCAUCACGAUCCUGCAGGAUGUCUUCUUUGUCCUGACGGACCAGGACCACAGGGCCGGUUUCAAGACGCAGUCGAUGCUGUUGAUGCGGCUGUUCUACUUCAUCCACCCCGCCGACGCGACGCAACCGAAGAUCCAGGGGCCCAUCUACCAGCCCGACCAGGCGCAGGCCGGCACGAGCAACCGCGAGUUCCUAGGCAACUUUGUUAGCACCCUAUUGCAGAACGCGUUUGGCAAUCUCACUCCCGCCCAAAUCACGGCCUUUGCCGAGAGCCUCUUCACCCUCAACACGCAGUACGAUAAGUUCCGACUGACGUUGCGCGACUUCCUCAUCGCGCUCCGCGAGUUUGCCGGCGACAACGCGGAGCUGUACCAGGUCGAGAAGGAGCAGCAGGAGCGCGACGCCACGGCGGCCGACCGCGAGCGCCGGUCCAAGGUUGGCGGCCUACUCAAGCCGUCAGAACUCGAGGAGGACGAGCUUUGACUACUGGGCGAGGAGCUAAGGACGGAGUUUGCGCCCUCCCAUGAUGAGGUGGGGGAGGCGGCGGCGGGUGAUGGUGGUGGUGGGGGCAGUGGUGACGGUUGGGAGUUUUACGGGUUGUGACAUCUCCUUCUCGUCUCGGU